AUGUCUGCCACCAUUCUUCUUGAGUUGACCGCCAACCGAUCGCCUCAGAAUCAUGCAGAUACCACCAAUGACUUGAUUGGGGGUCGGAUGGCUAACGAUAUUUCGUCUCUUCCGAAUGAGCGUGAAGCAACUACCACAGCGACGUCCCAAUCUGAGCGUCUACGUACUGUUCGGUCCAGAGCAGCAAAUGCGGCCGAUAGGCCUAGCGAUGAAAUACACGAUCAGUCAUCUCGACUACCAUUUCGUCGCCUCAUCGCUGCGUAUCUAUGUCUUUCAGCCAUCUACUUUACUUCAUCACUUGAUAUCAAUUCAGUUGCGUUGGCUCUCCCCGUAAUCGCGCGCGACCUUGGCGCUGGUAGCAGCAUUACUUGGACUGGAACGGCCUAUUUAAUGGGUCAGGCCGCUUUUCAGCCUCUAUACGGUCGCCUGUCAGAUAUUUUCGGUCGGAAGCCGGUCUUGAUGCUCUCCGUUGGGUUUCUCGUCAUUGGCGACAUCUUAUGCGCCAACUCCCACUCUCCCGCUUGGCUCUAUGCGUGUCGAGCAAUAAGUGGCAUUGGCGGCGGCGGCAUCAGUUCUAUCAUAUCAAUCAUUGUUAGUGAUCUCGUGAGCCUUAAAGACAGAGGCAAGGCCAUUCCUUGCGGCCUCCCUGAUACAAAAGAUAAGAAUAGCAGAGAUAUCGAGUUGGAGAUGGAUCUUCUACAUUCCACCAAUCCUGGCUUGCGUCUCUACUAUAGCUUGUAUGGCUUUCCUGCCAUUGACAACCAUCAGUGGAAGCUGGAAAGCGAAGGCAAGACAAAUCGACUGGAUGGGACUUGCAGCUUCUCUGGUCGCAACUAUUUGCAUGCUGGUCUCGUGGCUCUGCAAGCACAUUGCCCAUCCAAAGAUCGUGCGGUUGCGACGUCAACGCGGAAUCUCUUCCGAAUGCUCGGUUCUGUCAUUGGCAUGACAAUCGCAUCCGCUUUGCAGAGUGCUGUUACGCAGGCAGCUCUGCCCGAUGAUAUACCAGCUUCAGUGCUCUCGCAAGUAACGAUGGGAACAUGGAGAUCCGGAACUACAACUUGGGACCAAGGCAUAUCCUAUGCCAAGUUCAAAGGUUUUCAAGCAGUGUUUGCGAUGGAAAUUCCUUUCAUGGCACUCUGCUUCCUUGGUUGUUUUGGUAUACCCAGUGCAACGUUUGGGGAAGAUAACGAGAGGGCAGAAAGACGCACGACGUAA